UAAGCCAACAAAGCAAAACAAGACAAACGAACAACAAAAAACAAACCUUUGUCCACACAGACAAAGUAUCCAUUAGAGCGUUGACGGUUAGGGUUUUCUCAAUGAAGUAUUAGGAGACCCUGAGGAUGGAGGGAGCCUGGCUUGAAGAGAGAAAAGACACCAGCGGCAGGGGCACAACUGGAAAGAUGACACCUAACUACCUGGGGUAAGACCCCUGAUGGGUGACCAGAGCCAAAGAGAAGAUUUCUCUGACACCAGGACAAAGAUAUAAAAACCAAGGCACUAGGGAGUUCCAUCAUUCACACGUAGAGGGGGACAGAACUGUAAUCCUCGCUGAGGUCUCUUUGACGACUGUGCUGUCUGCUGCUCUCAUUCAACGUAGCGGCUGUGUGUACCUUGGUCUCCAGGAACAGUUCCCCCCAGAUCUCUUCCUGCUUGCCCUGGAAAGAGUCUGAGCCCCACUUACACCAGUGGCAGCCCAGACAGAAGCUCAUCAUGCUGACAGAAGAGAUGAAGCUGUGGCAUGGCUUAGUGAUUGCUGUGUUGUCCCUCCUCCUCCAGAUCUGUCUCCUCAUAGCCCUCAAUUACCUGCUCAGCAGGAACAUAGCCCACCAGAGUGAACGGAUACUGAAAGAAGCCAGGCUCCAGGCCCCGGAGCCCAACCCUGCUCGCCAUCAAGUCCCUUUGACCAAAGAGACUUGGACAGAGUCUGCUCUCCAUUAUAGGCGUGAGAGCAACACAUCCUCAGAUAGCUCCGUCAGCUCUGCCAUCUUGCCUUCCACCUUCCAGACCAUCAAGGAUGUGAGUUACACACCAGUGGUCUUUUCAGCCCCUGAAUCUGUCCUGGACUAUGAGAACAUAAAGGAAGCCACAGAUUAUGUCAAUGUCAAUCCAGAAAACCACAAACCCAAUUUCUGGACUCCUGUAAAUGCUGCUUUCUCUGAGCCAGUGGAAUACACUCAAGUGGCUGUGUGAAUUCUAGAUUGUUUAAUAGGGUGAGAUUCUCUAUGUAUUCUUGCAUUCAUUUGGUAGCAGAAUUGCUUUCAUUAAAAAUAAGGCAGCUGAGUGUGGUAGCUCACACCUGUAAUCCCAGUGGCUUGGGAGGCUGAGGCAGGAGGACGCCAAGUCAAAGCCAGCCUCAGCAACUUAGCAAGGCCCUAAGCAACUUAGCAAGAACCUGUCUCAAAAUAAAAACUAAACAGGACUGGGGAUGGGGCUCAGUGGUUAAGAGCCCCUGGGUUCAAUACCCAGUACCAAAAUAUAAACAAGGCAGAGUUGGGGGAAAUAGGACUAUGUCCCAGCAAGAAAGAUCUAGAUCAGAUAUUAGGAAUAUCUUCCAGGUAAAGUAUGAAAACAGAGGAGUCCAUUAGUAGCAAAAGUGUUGAGGUCUUUUAAAUAGGUUCUAAUCAGCUGUAAUGAAAUUCUGCUUGGCAAUCUUAUGGUUAAAUGACUUCUCUUUGAGCUCUUUAAUUAUUCACAAUAAACAACUUCCUAAAAGUUUUAAAUAAAACUACAACCAACAGUUCCUCUUUU